ACAUUGGUUGAAUAUGGAGCAAAUGUCACCAUGCAAAACCACGCGGGAGAGAAACCCUCACAAAGUGCUGAGCGACACGGGCACACCAUGUGUUCCCGCUACUUAGUGGUUGUGGAGACGUGUAUGUCAUUGGCCUCUCAGGUUGUCAAGCUAACUAAGCAGCUGAAGGAGCAAACAGUGGAACGUGUGACACUACAGAACCAACUCCAGCAGCUUUUAGAAGUCCAGCGGUCAGAGGGCAAGUCACUGUCCAUGUCCCCAAGCUCACCAUCAUCUCCUGCUUCUGGCAAACCCCAGUGGAAACCAUCUGAAGCAGAUGAAUUGUCUCCACCAAAAAGUAAAUUGAACACCCAAGAUGGGAUUCAGAUUCUUGGCAGCUUGGGAACUUCUAGUCGCACUCGAGCCAAGAUAAAAGAUGAGGAUUCAGAUAACAUCUUGCGCCAGUUGUUGGGGAAGGAAAUCUCUGAAAACGUCUGUAUGCAGGAAAAGCUGACUUUGGAAUUUCAGGGUGCUCAUGCAUCCUCCAAGAACGUGAAGAAGAUUUUGCCAGAGAAAAGGGAGCUGAAGUUAGCCAGACUGAGGCAACUGAUGCAGAGGUCACUCAGUGAGUCUGACACAGACUCAGCUAAUUCUGAGGACCAUAAGAACACCCCUGUGAAGCGAACUGAUAAACUGAGGCCUCAGCCCAUUGUGGAGAGUGUUGAGACCACAGAGAGUUUGCACCUGAUGAUUAAGAAACACACUAACGCAGCAGGACGUCGCUUCCCUUUUGGUAUCAGGGUCUCUAAGCCUGUGGAUGGCCACAGUCCUUCCCCUACUUCAGAGAACAGCGACCCGGAUAACGAAGCCCCGUAUCAGUCUAGUACUGUACCUCAGAGCCAGUUUUGUGGAGACAACUCUCCAUCCAGCAUGGACAGUGCCAGUGCUCAAAAGGUUGCCACCAGCCCUAAGAGCGCUCUUAAGUCUCCAUCUUCAAAGCGCAGAACCUCCCAAAAUUUGAAACUCCGGGUAACUUUUGAGGAGCCUGUGGUGCAGGUGGAGCUAGCAGAGUCAGAACUAACCGAGGAAAAGGAUAGAGACCGGGGCAAAGGACUUGUGCGGGCUCCAGCCGGCUCUGGGGAGCCAGCAGGAGACCAGCUGAAAAGGCCUUUUGGAACCUUUCGGUCCAUAAUGGAGACGCUGAGUGGCAACCAAAAUAACAACAACAACUGUCAAACAGCAAACCUGAUCAAAACCUCAUCAACGCUGCCUUUUGCCUCAUUAGGAAGGAAAACAGCAGACAGCAAGGGAAAUCCAGCAGCUCUCACAAAAGGAAGAAACAAUCCAGGUCCUUACUUCAGCUACACCAGUCUUUCCUCUAGCACGCUGAAUGAAGAACUUCUGUGUAACUAUGCUUGGCAUGAUGACAUCACUAGGAAAAGCCAGAAAUCUGACAGUCAAAAGAGUACUGAAGAGCCAGAUCUGCAGGAAUUCUUCCUCUAAACCACAUCUUAUGAUGUCUCACUUUGAAAUACCUGAGAUCUAUCCUUUUGAAACACUAAUAUGAGACAUAUCCCUC